AUGGGGUUCGCAACCGGAAAUUCAUCAGUUCAUGUCCUGAAGUUAGAUGUGUGUGAUCAAUCCUCCAUCGAUAAUGCGAAGGCAUUUGUAGAGUCAAAAGUAGAAGACGAGGGCUUAAAUCCCAUCAUUUACACUGUUGGAUUCGUUCAACGCUCCAACAAUUACGAGGCCAGUCAUGAUAAGAUGGCAAAAGUAACGGAAACCAAUGCUAUUGGGCCACUGAUGGUCGUUAAGAGCUUCCUGCCCCUUUUGAAGCACGCAGCAAGUGUCGACCAAUCAGCACCAAUGUCAUGUAACCGUGCCGCGAUAAUGAACAUAGCUUCAAGCCUUGGAUCGACUUCAGAGAACUUGUCCACUGGAUAUCACGGACACAAGGCAUCUAAGGCUGCACAAAGCAGGAUCACGACAAACAUGAGCCUCUAUCUUAAGAAUGUGGGCGUCUUAGCGACGACCAUCCAUCCAGGUUGGGUGAACACGAACAUGGGCACUAUUGACACCGUCACGAGCGUAAGAGGCAUCAUGCCUGUCAUGGAGAAAUUACAAGGGGAAGAGGGCACCAGCAAAAUCAACUAAGGAGAAAGUGGCGAUCAGAUUGGGUAGUAGAAUCUUGCUGGUAGAUGAAUACCGGGUGUUUAUUGGCUCAACAGUUAUCAAUUGGCUUGGCUAUGUUGUGUGUAUUUGUAUGUCCCAGAAGAGAGGCAUACAAUUCCCGCACUGUUCAUCAUUGAGUUUCCGCUUUCCAACUCGACCAGUUUUCAUCAUAUCGUAUUUACACUUUCUUAAAAUGUUUAUAAGCAGAACAACUGGGGGCCAAGGAAAAAUAAAUCUCACCACAUCCAUGUAUCACUAUUAAAUUUAUGUCUACGGCCUUUGAAUAGCUCAAAUUAUGGCUUUUUGAUUAUUUCCGCUCUCUAGCUCAAUUAGCAUUCAUCUGAUUGUUACCAAACUUUCCGUAAAUUGUCUCUUACAUAAAAUGAAGGACAAGAGAUUUAAUCAGCCAAAUCCUACCAGCCGUUUUAAAAAUAUUGCCAUUGAAUUUCACAAAAAUAUGGUUUUGUGAUGAUGUCAACAAAAUUUCUAAAAAUGUUCAAAAGGGAAAAAUAAAGUCCAAGAUCAACAACCAGCCAAA